AAUCAAAUCAAAUCCCAAAAUCCAUCCAUCUCCAGUAAUCCAGUUCUCACCUGCCUCCUCCGAUGACCCUAGCUGGAGCCUGUCGCCGCCGGCGACCACCGCGACCCCAUCUCCCUCUCUUCGUCCUCGUCCUCCUAAUCUUCUCCACUCCAAUCCCACGCGCUUCGGCGCUCCGCGUCCCUCUCCGCCAGGCAGCCACCCUCGUCUCCCUCUCCCAUUCGCUCCUCUCCCGCGUCGCCGCCACACGUGCCGCCCGUGGGGACGCCGCGGCAGCCGUACGCGCCCGGCGAAUCGCUUCCCUGCUGUCGUCCCGUGGCGCGUGGGGGCUCGGCUGGGACUACCUCCGCCACUACGCCUUCUCAUCGGCCACCGGAUGCGGCCUCUCCUGCGCGGCCGCGGCCUCUCGUCUCAUCGCCGCUGCCGCGGAGGCCUCGCGCCUACGUUCCGCCGCUGACGCUGCGCAGUGGAUGCGCCGCCACUACGGCGACAUCCGCGACGCCGCCGCGCAGCUCCUGAACGGCCUUCUCCUCGCCUUCUCCGAAGAGGGGCCAUUGAGAGAGGUGGUCACGGAUGUUAAGUGGGAAGUGGAGGAAGGGGAAUUGUUGAAGGAUUGCCUGGAAGUGGGAGCUAAGGACUUACAGGGUUUGCUUGUCAUUGCCAAAGAUCUCUUCGCUGGUGUUUCAAGGACUUCUACGCAGCAUAGUGAGCUCUGAGGUUUGGUAACUUUAAGUUUCCUUUUCUGAUAUUUUCAGGAACUCACGCAUGCUUGUGUAAUCUAGUUUACUUUAGAAAUCUGGAUCUUGACCCGUAUGUACAUACACAAACUAAAUCCUUGUGAUAUCACUGUUGUGUCCGCUACUAAUGGGUGUUGAAUUUUUAGCUGUGCAUAAUUGCUAAUCUGAAUUCAUUUGUUGUCAUGGCGCUACCAA